AUGUAUCUUUAUGACAGAAAGGUUUUAUAUUAUAGAACCUUUUAAUAAUAUUUUAGAGUUUUUGGGUUAAAUAGGUGGAUUAUUUGAAUUAAUGUGAUUUUCUGGUAGGAACAACUGUCAAACCAUUUAAGAGACUGUCAUGCAAUUUAUUUUUAGCACCAGAAAUGUUUACUUAAAUAAUAUAAUGGUUAUUAAAAGAUCCAUAAUAAAUUUAAGUCUUAGGUAGAAGAACUUGUAAAUUUAAGUUAAUUGUUGUGUUUAAAAAAAAUUUUAAAUUAAAAGCCUAAUAAAUUAAAAUAUUUGAUCAUCAAUAUUUAUUUGAUAAGAUAGAUAAUUAAUUCAAUAAAGUAUUGAGUCAAUUUAAAUUAAAUAGAUAUUCAAAUAUUAUUAAUAAAUUAAUUGAAAUUGAUAAAUAAAAGAAAGUAUUAUUAAAUGAAGAUUAAUAACAACUGUUUAAAUAUAUUCAUAAAAAUAAGAUCUAAUUAGUAACUCGAGAUAAAAUGAAAGAGAGUAUUAAUCAAUAUAAUAAUGUGAAUAAACUUUCUUUUGAGAGAAAAUAAUUUAUGUAUUGUAUUCUUAUAAUAUGA